AACUAACGACAUGUUGGGCCCCUUGGCCUCCAGAAUUAGCGUAGCGGUACCGGUUCAGAUCACGGCCUCGGCGACCAAGAGAAACCGAGCCAGAGGAGCGAGCCACGCAGCAAAAAUCCCCAAUCGGGAAUCCCUGCUCCGCCGAAAAGAUGGCGGCGGCAUGGGCGGCGCUGGCGGUGAUGUUGGUCGCAGCGAGGUUGGCGUCGGCGGCGCCGGUGAUGGCGCCAGCCUUCCUCUGGGCGCCCAAGAACUACGGAUUCCGUUCCGAUGAGGCCAAGGAAUUAGUCCACUAUCAGACAAUCUCUCCAAAGAGUUUAGCUAAAUCUGUUCUUCAGGAAGGUGGCUGGUCAAACUUUGUGUGUUCAAGGGAGGAUGCUCAUAAGAAUGUUGAUGUUGCUGUUGUUUUUCUUGGCUCGAAGCUACAAUCGUCAGACAUAUCUAAAGAUAAGCAAGUCGAUCAAGCUUUAGCAGACACAUUGAAGCUCUCCUUCACAAGUUCAGAGUUUUCCAUGGCAUUCCCUUAUGUUGCCACGUCAGAUGAUGAGAAAUUGGAGAACUCAUUGCUCUCCGGAUUUGCUGAGAAUUGUAACAGUGGUUUUGAAGGAAAGCAUAUCACCUACACAGACACGUGUACUGUAAGUGAUCGAGAUCUGAAGAAACAUCGCAGCAUGGAUUCUAUCCAUGACUUGGUGAUGUCACGGAUGGGAAACAACCCAAGUGGACAGACUGAUCUAAUUGUCUUCUGUGGUGGUGGUUUUGAGGAUUUAGGCCCUGCGAAAUCAGAAGGAGAGUUGCUUUCCGAUCUUGUUGCCAUGCUGAAGAAUUCUGGGGCUAAAUUUACCAUUCUUUAUGCUUCUCAACCAUCUGGUUUACUGGAGAACCUUUCCAGCCUUCCCUUAGGCAGGUAUCUUGCAGAGAAGACCAAUACUACUAAACCUGGCCUGGGCACCAAUACUACUAAACCUGGCCUGGGCAAAUGUGAUGGAGAGUGCCUAGUCAAGUCAACUCUUCUGGAAGGAACUUUUGUUGGAAUAGUGCUUCUUAUCAUCUUGAUAUCAGGGCUCAUGUGUAUGAUGGGAAUUGAUACUCCCUCGAGGUUUGAAGCUCCCCAGGAAUCUUGAUCUUACUUUAACGCAAAUCAGAUAUGGGAGCUUGAUGCGGCAUGAGUAUGAACGGUCGAUGUUUGCUUGUCUGCACUGUGGAUAUAGUUAGUUUCCUAUUCAAAAGUGUAUUUUACUGGGCCAGCUAGUAUUUACAAUGUGAUCAAUUUUUGGUGUAAUAUUACUUCUCUUUCCUACGGAGCUCCAGCUGAGCUUUUGCAAACGCGUACAUGUGCAAGGCUUGUGUUGUACCAGACCUAGCAUUGCUUCCAGUUUUUUUUUUCUUUUUCUGUGAAUAACCUGGAACUCAGGUAGCCAAAGAGAAGUCACUGUUCAUGGAAUAAAAUGAAAUCUUGU